AUGGCUCCUACGGUAUCAAAGUCGGCGUACAAUGAGCAGCUAGAGAAGUUUCAAGCUGCGCUUCAACCCACUGCCGCAGCAGAACGCAUUUUACGCACGCUGAAGGAAAUACAAUGCUUUGCCGACAGCUUUACGGGCCAUGCCAAUCGAUUCGUCUGCUCAGCCGAUCUAUCCAAAGUGUUGCUCAACUGGAUGGUACAGAAGCAAACCGCGGACCUAGCAACCGACGCUUGGCAGGCUGCAUACGAAUUGGCCAAAAAAUAUCUGAAAAUCUGCCACGAUGCCCCUGACACCAUACGGUCCUUUUGUGUAACGGUCCUUUAUAAUCACGUCGUUGCUCUGGGCACGCCGAGCAAGCUGCUGAUGAGGCUGCUCAUCAUUUCCCUAAUGGCCCGCUUCGAGGUGACGGAUGAGCACGCUAGUUUGUUCGGGCGCGUGAAGCGUGUGGCACUGACCAUCGUGCAGGACACGAAGGAGAGCGAACGAAACCGGGCACUGUUUUCGACAGGACACGAUGUGAUCAUCGAGCUGCACCGCAAGCUGCUGAUACACGCGGCUCGUCAAAACAAUAAGACACGCCAGCCGGCCCUGGACUUGUUCCGUGAAGUGUUCGACAGCAGCACGGCUAUUUUGCAGAGAUUUUUCGGUUUCAGUUUAGCAAAAGCACAACAACUCUACACAACCGUGAUGGAAACGAUGAACGCGGACGUAAAACUGAGGGAAUCGGAACUGAUCCACCUGUUCGGCGACGGUAUCGAUUUUGUGGAGAAAAUUCUCAGUUUCCGUGACACCGCACCGGAGUACUGUCGGUUUGCUGAGUUUUUCCUCAUGUUCAAAAGCUUGACGGCGGAACCGUAUGCCAGCUGUGUCCGUUUGGUGCGUCAUCUUGUGCGCCUUGCUUUCAGUUCCCAACUGGGAGAAAGUUUCUUUACGGAGGUAACAAGAUUGGUUCGAUCGUUGUAUGCUACUUUUCCCUCGGAUCCGUCUGUCAUGAAAGUGAUCGUGUUAUUCGCCUGUCACAGUAAUCGGCAUUUUAGCAGUUUACCGGCUGAGCAGCUUACAGAAGUGGCGGAAGCCGCCAUCGAAAUGAUCGAGUCGUUGAUGCACUUCGUUCGCCACUGUCCGACCGGCAUGCGUGCGGCGCUCUGUCGCAGGUGUCCACAUGCUCGACAGCACUUGGCCGAUCGGUUAAUCUCUGCCCUAAUCCACUUGGCGUCCAGCCAAAUGAAAGUUCGGCUGGGAGAACCACAGCAAGGCGCUAAACAUCCCAAACCAACACUAACUGUUGGCCGGGUAUGUGAACUGGCGCGUCGCAGAGUGAAACUGUUGCAGGAGCUGGAAUGCGAAGGAAAAGGUCCGUUACAAAACGAGUCCGUUCGAUACUGCGUGGUGUGGGUGCAGCGCACGUUAGCAUCGCUCAGACAGGAAAUAACCGAGAGCGACACAAAGGAACUGGGCGCUGUGUUGAGGCUGGUGAUCGAACAAAACGCGGUGCAGCGUUACGACUUUAUCAAAUCGGACCUGAUACUAGUGCGGUUACUAGAGAAUUGUUUUUACAGCGUACCCUCUGCCAAUGUGUCGACUUCCGCCCUGUGGCCAAAGCUGAGUGUUCAGUUGUUAAAACUGUUGCUUACGCUUCGCGAAAACCCAACCCCGACAAUCGUACAGAGCAACGCAUCGAUCGGCGUGAUUUUGCGCACGAUUAUGGCUUACCAAGCGGAAACGGACGAAGAAGAUCCUACACGGACCAUCACGGUGAUGCAGAUGUACGCCCACGCCGGCUACGAUCGAUUCGGGUUUGGCUUCAGGACGGAACCAACACACGACGAACAACUCACGAUCAUGGUACAGGAAAUGACGAUCGCCACUAACUAUAAAACAUCUCGCUCGAUCACGCACUGUUUUGACCAGCUGUGGAAGGUGGUUGAUGUACGGGAGCACUGUCUGCCCCUUGGUAUGGCACUGUACGCUUUCGACGAACAAGAAUGGGAAAAACUGCCUACGGCACAGAUAGACGAGCUCCGGGCUAGUUUGGCGAACCACGAACCGAAAACGACUUCCGAGCGCUUUCAACGUUCAGCGGCGCUGGGCAACAUUAGCUAUCGGCGCAUCUUGCACUGGCAGCGUGCUCUAUUGGAUCGCCUCCGGCUGGUACUGUUCGAAAGGGAAGACAUCCGCAACGAUCGGAUCGACAAGAUGUUACUGGAAAUUCAGUUCGAUCAAGACGCACAACUUCAAGAACGACUGGAAGCACUGCGACUUCACUACCGUACGAUGGUAACCGUCUUGGUGGAAGAUGAUUUUCAGCUGAUCUCACUGCUGCCAUCGUUAACGUUUGUUUCGAGCGUACUCAACAAUACCGCUCGUUACUAUCAACUGAACUACCAUCCUCAUCAGGCGACCGAGUUGCAACUACUGAACCUCUUGCUCGUCAGCCAGCGCCGCGCUGAACGUCCCCUCGAUCAGUGCGUGGCCAUCGGGUUCCUGCUCGAGUACCACCAGGUGACGGAAGAUGUGUUGCGGCAGUUUCCCAUGAAUUCUGGUUGGCCAAACUUUGCCGGUGGAGAUCUUGGAACGUUGAAGGCACUGUCGGUGCGGGCGGCGGAGUUACUUCACACGUUCACGGGUAACGAAUCUGCCAACAAUUGCACCGUGCCAGAAAACCGGCGAUAUCCACUGCUGGACCUUUACCUCACGCUGGCCGUCUACCGUGGCUCGAAGCAGUCGGAUGCGGCUCUUUCUGCUGCACUGCAACUGAUUCGGCGGGGUCUUGCGCACGCUGAUCGAUUGUGCGCGAAAGGUGAUCUCUCCGAAGACAGUCGCCACCUGAUGAAGGGUCGCGCGGCACAGAUUGUGUUCCGUUUGGCGUCGGACUAUGGAUUACCCUUUCAGGAGGCAACUCCUCAGAUGGCGUUUGUGAGGCUGAUGCUCGGGAAUUUCAAUGAACUGCAGAAGCUCUGUGGCGAGCACACACUCAUCCUUUCGUCGGCGACGGUCGAGAUGACGGUGACCGUGCUGCAGUUCAUGAUCGUGCGGUACGACACUACUCAGUACAUCGUGGGGUACGUGGAGCAGUUGCUGAAGUUUGCCAUGCGCCGCGGAGCGGGACUACGUGUGAUGCAGCUGCUGCUCCUGUACGGCAGCAUAAUGGUGGACUCCGAAAAGCUGGACCGCUGUGAGCUGGCCAUACGUUAUCUUGACCGUUUGCUGAUGCUGCGUCCCAUUAAUUCAGGAAAGAGUCAUUCGAAAAGGGUGACACGAAAUCCCAUCGACAUGGACAGUGCGUGCCAACUGAAUCAAGAUUUUAACCGUCCCGUGCUGAGCGGUGUGGGCAAUGAUGAUGAUGAUGGCGCUCGAAAAGUGGCAAAGAAGGACCCAGAAAAAUUAAUUAUGUCGAACGGUGGCGGAACGGAUCCAGUGGACGGGCAGACGGAAGUGCCUAUCGAGCACUAUCUAAUGUUUGGUCAUGCGCCUUCGUGCGACUGUCGCUUCUGUUGCAACCCACAGUACAAAUCGAUGGCCUUCAAAACGGCAGCUCUGACGGCUCGAUUGGCGGUUUUGAAUCGCGAGCCGAUCGAACGUACCGAUCAUUACUACGAUGCGAUCACCGAUCACUGGUUGUCGGUGAUGGAACCACUGCUAAUUUGGUGCUUGGGUGGCUAUCGAUCGGACCUGCUGAAGGAUGUAAUGCGUACGAUGGUACAGCGAGGUUUAUUUCUUGUCCGAUGCGGCCGAUAUGAGACCGCAAGGAAGGUUUACGAGCGAGCUUUGGCCCUAUCCGAUUCCAAGCACAUUGUGGUAGAUAGGGCGUUGUACGAGGACAUCCGCUUCAAUCUACAAGUGUUAUCAAACUUUGACCAACAAAAUACAAACGUCCACCAAAGAAAACCUUCGGUGACGUUAGAAAGUUACAAAAGAUUUCUUGCCACUCGAAACAGCAGCGUGGCGACACUGGAAACGGAUCUCGGCAAACUCCAGCUAAAAACUCCCACCAAAGUCGUAGCACGUGGUGCCGUACGUCCCCCACCAAAGACGGUUGAUCGAGUGAACGAACUGCUCCGGCAGUCCGCUUCACGACGUUACCAGCGCGCACAAGGUGUGAACGAUUCCGCACUUACUGCUGCCAGCAUCGAAGGAAUUGGAAUCGUUAAAGUUGCUUCAGCGUCAGCGCGCAAACCCAAAACGGUCAACAUAUUUAUGGAUUCUCCUCCAGCACCAGGACGAUCAAGAAAGACGAAAAAAGGGAGCUCGGAAAACCCAGCUCCGGUGGCCCCUGAGAAAUCACAAUCAGAUGCUGCGAAAAUAUCGGCGAAUGUAGUCAACACCAAGUCCUCUGCUGAUCCGGGCGGCGGGUUCCAACAACAAUCGGAUCAUAAGGCAAUCGGAAAUUCUAAGCCAACGCAAUCCGUAUAUGUAGAUUUUCCAGUGCUCCACGCUGCAAACACUCCUAAGCGUCCGGGCACAUCUUCAAACUCAAACGACAAUCGACUUGGCGGCAGUCCUUCGUUGAACGGAUCGUUUCGAGAUGCUCUUGUCCUGGGAAAGUCAUCGAGAGAGGCUACAAAACCCCCCACAGAGGACGGGAGCGUCAUCGUGCUGGACGAUUCGUCGUCGGACAUCAAGACGGUGUCGAACGAAGCAAUCGAAACGAGCUUCGUAGAUUCACGCACACAAACGCUUACCAAUUCGGCGUUGGCUCUAAGAACGUACUCGGAUCGUAAGCGCACGGCAAAUGGCGGUAGUACACCGUUAUCAGCGGUGGGACCAUCGUCUGCAGUAAAGCGAAAGCCGCCGACCGUUACCAAAGUGCGACUUCGUUUCGAUGAUCCCCCCACACCCGAACGGCGGCGAGAAGAACUGCAGAAAGACGGAACGAAACAGCGCUCCGACAAGCCGUUUGCGGGCACCGAUGGGAAUCCGAGAAAAGCGGUCCGUGAUCGUGGUACAGGUCCAACGGGAGACCGAGCGAAAAGAGCAAACGUGUGCCCACCGGCGACGGAAGUGAUCGUACUGGACUGUUCGGCGGAAAAUGCGGCACCCGAUAACAUUGCGACGCGUACCAGGCAGCGCAGAAAACGCAAUUGA